AUGGCGCUCGUGCGCGAGUUCCUCAGCGCGAUCCGCGAGCAGGUCCGGCGGCAGCAGGGCGACGCGCUGCGGGACUGGCUGCAGGUCGACUCGAGCAGCGGCGCACAGUACCACAACCUGGGCACCGAGCUGCGAGCCCGCUUCCCCGCGGCGGCCGACGUCGACGGCGUCGUCGAGGAGUGUCUGCCACUGGACGAUGACAGUGACGACGACGGGGACCAGACGGUGGCGAGUCCGUGGCCUGGCUUGCAGUCGUUCAUCAAGGACUACCUAGUCUUCUGGCGGGACAUUGACUACGACGACUUGCUGGGCGCGCAUCAGCUGCUGAGCGGGCUCGUCAACUCGUGUGCUACCGCGUUCGCCCACCCAUCGUACGGCGGCAUGCUCCUCCAGGCCAGCAUGUCCCUCUCCGAGACCCUCGCGCGCCUCACCAUGAUGCUCAACCGCCGUCCCGACCUCACCCGCAAGCUCCGCAGCGCCGCCCCCGGCGACGAGGACAAGGCCUCCGUCGCCGAGUCGUCCGCCGAGAUCAUCCAGAAGAUCUUCACCACCUGCCUCAACGACCGCUCCAACCCGCGCGCCAGCCCGCCCGUCGGCCGCCGCGCCGGCGUCUACAUGUUCGCCAACCUCGUCCUGAAGCUACUCUUCGCCUGCAAGCGCGGCACGAACCUCGCCCGCAUCGUCUUCUCCAACGUCGCGGCCGCCUCCCCCCGGCUCGCCGCCUACCCGGCUGCCCAGCGCGUCGCCUUCCUGUACUACCUGGGCCGCUUCAACCUCGCCAACGGGCACGCGCGCCGCGCCGCGCUCUGCCUCGAGGCCGCAUACCUGCAGACGCCCCCCGUCUUCCAGCGCCACCGCACCGCCAUCCUCACCUACCUGAUCCCCGCCAACGUGCUGCUCGGCCGGUUCCCGUCGCGUACGCGGCUUCUCGCGCGUCCCGAGGCCGCGCCCACCCUCGCGCCCGUCUUCGGCCCGCUCUGCGACGCCCUCCGCAAGGGCAACUUCCCCGCCUUCCAGGCGCACGUCGCCGCCCACGAGCGCUGGCUGCUCGCUCGCGGCCUGCUGCCGCUGCUGUCCUCGCGCCUGCGCCCGCUGCUCUGGCGCGCGCUCAGCCGCCGCGCGUUCCUGCUCACGCCGCGCCGGCUGCGGCCCAACGAGGGGCUGGUCUGGGGCAACGCCGAGGUCACGUACGAGGACGUGGAGAUGGUGGUGGCGGCGCUGGUGCAGCAGGGUCUGCUGCACGGGUUCGUGGCGCACGGGCAGGCGCGCUUCGCGGUCAUGGGGGCCAAGGCCAAGGGCGGCCCGCUGCGUGCCGGCUGGCCGCCGGUCUGGCAGGCCAUCCGGGCGCGGCAGUACGACGAGGGCGAGUUUGACAUUGACGAGGUGCCUGGAUGGGUCAAGGGAUGA